CAAAUACCUGAAUCUCACUAAUAAAAAGGUAUCCUGCAACGACUUAUUUGUCUCUUCAAAAGCUUCCUCAGAUCAAUAAUGGCUUCAGCUACCUCACCCAAACUGGUCCACGAUUUCUUCCCCUUUUUCCGCGUCUACGAGGACGGCCGCGUCGAAAGAGGAUUCAACCUCGUCUCCAAACCUCCAUCCGACAACCCAGACACCGGCGUUAGAUCCAGAGACGUCGUCAUCGUACCGGAGCUCAAUGUCUGGGCUCGCCUUUACCUCCCCAAAAUCACCGACGAGGACCGGAAAUUCCCCGUCCUCGUCUACAUCCACGGCGGCGCGUUCGCGAUCGAGUCCGCCUCCUCCUCCACCUACGACAACUAUCUCCACGCGUUGACGGCGAAAGCUAAUGUCCUCACCGUUUCAAUCGAUUACAGAUUGGCUCCAGAGCAUAAGCUCCCCGCCUGCUACGACGAUUCCUGGGCGGUUAUUCAGUGGGUCGCGUCACACGCUCAGGAAACCGGACCCGGAUCCGAUCCGUGGCUGAAAAGUCACGCGGAUCUCACCCGGGUUUUCCUGGCGGGCGACAGCGCAGGGGCCAAUAUUGCUCACAACAUGAUGGUGAAAGCGGAUGGGAGUGUGUUGAAGCCGGUGGGAAUGAUCCUGGCCCACCCGUAUUUUGGAAACGGGACGCUUGACAAGCUGUGGGAGUGCGUUAACCCGGAAUCGAAGGGUCCGGAGGACCCGAUGCAUAACCCGGGGGCUUCUCCGGAAAUUCUUUCCGGGCUGGUGUGCUCGAAAAUCAUGGUGGUUACUUCAGAGAAGGAUUUCAUCAGAGAAGGGGGGUUGAAAUACUACGAGGCGCUGAAGAAGAGCAGGUGGGGAGGCAAACUGGAGCUCGUGGAUGUGGAAGGGGAAACACACGUCUUCCAUGUGUUGAACCCGACUUGUGAGAAAGCGGGUUUAGUGAUGGACCCGGCCGUUUCAUUCCUCAAUAGCAUUUGAAUGGAUUCUAAUGCUCUGUAAUAAAUGGAUUGUGAGUAGUAAUCUUCAAGCUUUGUUGCUUUUCCCUUUGCUCUGCUGUUCUUGGUUUCUUGAGAAUUUGGAAUUUUUUAUCCUGUAUUACAUAUAAAGAUGUAUAAAAAAUGUACUCCGUAUAAUGUAAUUUUGUGGCAAUGGUUUGUGUAAGAGGUGGAAAUUGGAAAUAGUGAGUACCGUUUGACCUUUGGUUGAGAGGGCGGCAGGAAGGGCGGCAAAUAGGGAUGGACUCGGUUCGGGCUGGGCCCGGUUCGGGCCUUGAACCGGCCGGGCCUCGGUUCAAGGUUUGGGAGGCCUGGAACCGGCCCGGGUAACCCCGGGUCCGGUUCGGGCCGGGCCACCCGCCCGGUUCAUGGUCCGGGCCCGAUUCGGGCCGGUCCUUUUAAUUUUUUUUAAAUUAUAUAUUAUAUUAUUAUAAUAAUUGUUAUUAAAAACAAAAUUCAAGUGCAUUUAUUUGAAAUAGGAAGUACAUUUGAGAAUUGAGGAAAAAAUAACAAUAUGAAAUACAUUUUCGAAUAAAUAUCAAUUGGGAUUUCCGUCACUGUUGGUUGUUGUUUUAUCUUUGUCACAUGACUUCAUAUGUUUUAUUGGCAUCCCGACUCCGUGUGAACGUCCCAAGCAACACUCUUUCUUGCACCUCUUGCAAGUUGGCCACCACAGUCCGGUCUUCGGGUCCUUCCAUUUAUCAAAGUUGUUUUGCAUAACAGAAGAAUUACUUUCCAUCUUUAAAAUGGUAGAUGUAUAAGUAGAAAUGUAGAAUAAUAAGAGAAGAUGAAGAUGGAGAAGAGGUGUAGAAAAUGGUAGAAAAUAGAUGUAUUUAUAGAUUUUUUUAAACCUCACCCCCACCCCACCACCUCCGGGA